AUGUCGACUGUUCAACCCGCGCGAACAAUGAAUCGUGGUCACUUUCCGCUCACUGGAGAAUCAAAUCGCAUCUCGAAGAGCCAGAUCACGCACAUUGUCAAUGGUUCCCCCAAUCAGCCAGUGUUUGCGCUUCACCCUGUUCUUAGCGGCUCGGGUAGCAGAGGAUUGAAAUCCCAUUCCUGUCAACUUGUUAAAUCUGACUGCAAGGUCAAUUCUACGACUCGUCGCCAGUUGAGAGGUCCUGGCUUCUUGCACCGUCCGUCUCCUGCAUCAUUCCCGUCAUCCUCGUCGUUUGCAAUCCGUAAUCGUAACAGUCGUCGCCAGACUAUCGUUUGCCAGACAGCAGAUGGCAGCAGCCACCGCGAGUGGUCGUUGGGUGACCAGCAAGGGCCGGGACGAGGCGGGACAGGCGGCGGGGUGUGGGAAAUCGAGUCUUAUGAAGAGGCGCAAAUGGGGUCGGAGACAGGGAUAGAGGAGGACAACGGAGCUCUCGCGGGAUCGCGCAACCGGCGGGAGAAAUACAAGGAUUCUGUUCGUGAGGUAGAGGAGAGUGAUGGUGCUCGUCAAACGAGCCACGUUUAUGCAGAUGCGCGCUCGAAAGAGGACGAAUCCGCGUCAGGAGUAGGGAACGGGAGCGCUGUGAGCGAGAGAACGCUCUCGGCCGACCAUGACGCCAGCAAAGGGAAUGGCGGGGUUCGAGCAAGAGUCAGCAGUGGCUCUGAGUUAAGGGAGCAGGAGGAAUCGCGGAAAGCCGUGCUACUGGAUGGACAAGCAGGAUUCCCAGAGGCGUUCGGACACGCAAUGUGCCGAAUUCCAGUGGCGGUUUGGAGGGCGAUUGCUGUGCUGCGCUCCGUGCUGCCACGUGGGAGCUGGUGGGACCUGCAGAAGCUGGCUGGAGGGAAGGCAGCACGCGGGAAAGGGACCAGUGGUAGCAGCAGUGGGGAUAGCAGUGGGAGUGAGAGCGGGAAGGGGGGUGGGGAUUCGCCAGGCGAGCUGUGGGACGCCAUUCGCAAGCUCUGGCGGUUCUGCGCGCCCAACAGGACCAUGCUCGUCUGCGCCUCGCUCUGCCUCGCCCUCGCCGCUCUGUCGGAGGUGACCAUCCCGCACUUCCUGGCGGCCACCAUAUUUGCCGCGUCCAACGGGCUCAAGCCCCAGUUUGACAGGAAUGUGCAGCUCCUCAUCACCAUGACGCUCGCCUGCGGGCUCUUCAGUGGUCUGAGGGCUGCUUCUUUCACCAUCCUCAAUCUCCAAAUGGUGCGGCGAAUGAGGCUGGCGCUAUACGAGACGCUGAUCCGGCAGGACAUUGCCUUCUUUGACGGCCAGUCGGUGGGCGACCUCACGUCCCGCCUCGGCUCCGACUGCCAGGCUGCGGGUCACACCGUGGCCAUUGACCUCAACAUCAUGCUGCGCAACGCCCUGCAGGGCGUGGGGGCGUUUGUGUUUCUCGUUCGCCUGAGCUGGCAGAUGGCUCUCGUGACUGCUGCCCUCUGUGCCCUCAUGUGGUACCUUCUCAUGGUCUACGGCAGCUUCUCCCGGCGGAGUUCCAUGGUGGUGCAGGACACUGUUGCCGCCGCCAAUGAGGUGGCAGAGGAAACGUUGUCUCUCGCCCGAGUGGUUCGGACCUUUGGCACUGAGAGCAAGGAGGUGAAGAGGUACGAGGUGCCUCUGCAGCGCAUAGUGAAUGUGGGUCUGAGGCGGUCCGUGGCGUAUGGCGUGUGGACGUGCACCGGCAACACCAUCUAUAACGCCACUCAGGUGCUUGCUCUGAUCAUGGGAGGAGGAGCAGUGAUGGGGGGGCGCAUAACAGCAGAGCAGCUGACGCAGUUCAUUUUGUACGCGGAGUGGGUGGUGCACGCUACCUGGUGGGUGGGCGACCACUGGGCGUCCCUCAUGGACUCUGUUGGCGCCUGUCAUCGUGUCUUCCAGCUACUCGACCUGCCGCCCUCUGAGCAGCUCAUUCAGAACCAUGGCCGAGUGCUGCCAUCGCUGAGGGGCAAGCUGGAGUUCCGCAAUCUCUCCUUCCGCUACCCCACCCGCCCUGAGGCACCGGUGUUGGAUCACAUCAACCUCACCAUUCAACCCGGCGAGCUGGUGGCACUGGUGGGGCUGAGUGGCAGCGGCAAGAGCACCCUCGUCGGGCUGCUGCAGCGACUCUACGAGCCCUCAGAGGGGCAGGUGCUUAUAGACGACGUGCCUCUACCAGAGAUUGACAUCGCAUGGCUGAGAAGCCACAUUGGCGUCGUCAGCCAGGAACCCCGUCUCUUCAGCACUGACGUUGCUUCCAACAUCGCUUACGGAAGCAGCGAGGAAAUUUCUCAAGAGAAAAUCACCAGAGCAGCAACGCAGGCCAACGUCCAUCAAUUUGUUUCCGGGCUGCCCGAGGGCUACGACACAGUGGUGGACAACGCCCGGCUGAGUGGCGGGCAGAAGCAAAGGAUUGCAAUUGCCCGGGCUCUAGUGCGCGACCCCACUCUGCUGAUUCUGGAUGAAGCCACGAGUGCUCUGGACGCUGAGAGCGAGCACUACGUGCAGAUGGCACUGGACCAAGCCAUGCAUGAGGACUCGGCAAUGGGACGGAGAAAACGAACUAUAAUUGUGAUCGCUCAUCGGUUAUCCACAAUUCGUUCCGCGGAUAGAAUAGUGGUCAUGUCUGCAGGCAAAAUUGUUGAGGUUGGCACACACCAGCAGCUGAUGGAAAGGAAAGGAGAGUACAUGAGAUUGCAUUUGCGCCAAAUAGAAGCCCUUGCUUGA